AUGUUUGGAAGGUCCGAGCAAAGUAUAAAGAGGAGAAAAGGGAGAAAAGCUUCAAGCGUUCAAGAUUUUCUUGGGAUCUUUGAGGGUUUGCGCCAAGGAUUUGAUCCUAACGAGGUUCAGGGCAUGACAAACUUGGUAUUAGAGCCUAGAGUUCAAGAUUUCUACAGUGUCUAUAGAGUCCUGCUUAUUGGUGUGAAGCGCGGCACAUAUAUCAUUCCUUCAAGAAUAGUUGUUCGAGGUCAUCUUGCUAGGAGAAAUGUCGAUCCUCAGUAUCAAGGGAUCCCCAAUGCACCACAAGUGAAAGCCCAAGGAGAGGUCACUAACGGUGAGUUACGCAAUGUUAUCCGGAUGUUGAAUCAAGUUGUGACCAACCAAGCUGGGCAACAAAGAGGGAAUCGACAGGAUGUGGCCGAUACAUCUAGGAUCCGUGAGUUCUUUAGGUUGAAUUCUCCAUACUUCACCGGUUCAAGUGUCAAUGAGGAUUCGAAAAACUUUGCGAAACAGUUGCAUAAGGGGUUUGAGGUGAUGCAUGUUGUAGACGUUGAGCGUGUGGGAAUAGCUACCUACCAACUAAAGGUUGUUGCUAGAGUCUGGUACGACCAAUGGAAGAAAAGUACAGCUGAAGGGGAACCAAUUGUGAGUUGGGCGGUGUUCGAAGAGGCCUUCAUGGGGCAUUUAUUUCCUCGUGCAUUGAGAGAGGCAAAGAAAAAUGGACCUGCUCCAUCAUCUUCUAUUGCACUUGCACCAAGGAAAAGAGAUAAGUUUAGAAACCAGAAUUCGCAGAAGUUCAGAGCUCGACCUUCUCAGUCUCAAGGUAGCGUGGUACAAGGGGCCAAUUGGACUCCUACAUGUGCUAAGUUUGGUAGGAACCACCCAGGAGAGUGUUAUGAUGGAUCCGAUGGUUGUUUCAAUUGUGGUGAGACAAUUCACUUCAUAAGAGAGUGUCCUAAGAACAGGCAAGGUAGUGGUAACGGCGGCAAUGGAGGCCAAUCUUCUUCAGUGGCUCUGCCAGGCAGAGCUGCACCUAGAAGAGCUACUUCAGGGAUAGGAGGAGCAGCAAACCAUCUAUAUGCUAUUACUAGUAGCCAAGAGCAGAUAAUUCACCUGACGUUAUCACUAGUAUGA